AUGCCAGGGUACCUCGGAGAACUUCCCAACAUGGUUUACGAUCCUAUCCGGGAACGAUACUUUCCCAAAUCUCGCCCUCCACCUUCGCUUACUCCAUACCUACUCCAACCUCUUCUCACACCCCCACCGACAUACGGUCCAUCAAACAGCACGAUGUUCAUGUCCAACGCUGAAGUAUCGCAAGAUAUGCGUCUCCCGAGCGGAUCGAGGAAAAGUCGAGUAGCUUUCAAAGUGGAAGGUCACAAUGUGGAAUCGCUUCCAACCGAUUGUACGCUUGGUAAUAUACCGUCCGACAUUCAAAUGGUCGCUGAACCAGUCCUCAGGCGUGCACGUCCUACCAACAGAUUCAAAAGACACCCAGAUAAUAUACGAAGAACAAUCGAAGACAAACAUCUUCGGAGUUUACGUUUUGAGAAUAAAGAAAACCCCGUGAUAUGUAGAGAUGAAACUAUCACUUCUCUCAUCGUUGGUACGAAAAGCUCUUACGUCGCUGCUACCGACCAUGGCCGACUCAUUGUCCGUCGCCCAGAUAAGACAGUCGGUCGGGUCACAGUAUGUUCCGAUUCGAUUUUUGCAGUUCAUAUUGAUAUACCGAGGAUGUCGACGUUUGGUGAUAUAUUCUGUUCGACCAUGUAUAAUGGUUUAUGUUCCAUUGGUAUGAUACUCUUCUCACCUCUCUUUGGAUGUGUUCUCCUCAGUUGCCACCCUUUCCAUGUAUUCCAGAAAGGUCUUUACUGGAGUAAUCGGAAAAUGCCAAGCGACGUUUUGGCAGUGACUCAUGAAACGGAGUGUAUCACAUAUUGCGGUACGAGAUCCGGCAAGGUCUUUCUGUGUGACAUGAGAAUUGAGGAUAAUGCUCCGAAACCUGUUUUGUGUCAGACGAAUGAUUUGAAGGCUGUGGUGGGAUUGAAGAGGUUAAAAGAUGAGACUGUGCCGUGGGGUUUGGUCUUACUGAUCUUCGAUACCCGAUUUGCCAAGACGCCUUUGUUACAGCUCGAAGGUCAUGUGAAUGGAUUUUUAUCGGGUUUGGGCCUCACAACUACUCCCGACCACCGUCACCUCCUCGCAGCCGGUUCAGACCGUCGGAUCCGCGCUUGGAGUACACAAACCGGUGAACAAAUCCAUCCUGAUCUCUCUUCAUCACAUCGUUCACCAAAAUGCCAUCCUACAGAUAUAUCGGACAUUAUGGAUUUGUUCUCGGACAUUGACGAUUUCCAUACCGCCGAUCAACAUCAGAAAUCACCUCUUGAAAAGGUCUUUGACAGUCGUGUGAAUACUUUAGCGUUUGGGGAAGAUGAUUGGGCUUUGAAUGUGGUUUUGAAAGGUGAGGUUCAGAGGUUUGAAGGGACAAUGUCUAUGAAGUCUAGUUACAAGUUAUAG